AUGGCGCCCAGAACUGAAGAGCGCGCCUGGGAUGUCCAGCCCGAUGCGAAGCAGGCGCUGGCGGAGGACAAGUACGACGACUGCAUGUCGUGCCGAAUCACCGGAUCUGCCGCAUUCAUCGGUCUCGGUGUCUACAGCUACUACAGCGGCAUGAGCAACCUUCGGAAACAACAGACGGCCAUCAUGCGGAGCCCGUCCAAGUACAAAAUGGGCUCGCGCCAGCUCGGAAUCGUCUCAAUCUCGGCGACCUUUGUUGGCAUGGGGCUUUGGCGAGCUUUCAACUGA